AUGUUCGUUGUAUCCGACUCGCCUACGUGUGCCAUCUCCAAAGCCUUCUCAAUUCGUAUGCGCGCGCAAUCGGUCGGUCGAUUCGAUCGAUUCGUUCAAGAGGGAGGACGAGGACGUGUGGAUGAGGACGAGAAGGAGUUGCAACGGCGGAGCAGCUUCGUUCACGGGUAA